AUGAUUUCAGCUGCUGCUCAGUCCACCCCGCGCGCCAGGCUGGCUCUGGCCCGCGCUUCCACCACAGCCGCCGCCCGCCAGACUCGCCAAUACCGCUACGGUCCCUGGCAGGUCGAAACCGACCACGAAGUUCACGGUCGACAUCGCUCCGUUCGCUAUAGAUACAUGGAAACGCUCAGCCGCAGACUCUCCUGGGAUAGCAAGAGUGCUCGCGCCGCGACCAAAACUCCAGCUCGGACGCCGGCCUAUGCCCAGUCCAUGUCCAGCACAAGCGCCACCCACGCCGAUACUGCCAAUGUCCGGUCCUGGUCGAAUGACCUCUCUCGCAUCGGUGGCACGAAGACGACUGGGGACCUCGAGCGCGAUGCCGUUGACCAGCUACUGCGUCCUCAACAAGAUGCCUCACAAUCCAUUGAGAACCUCCGCCUGCCGCAGAAGAGCGUCCGCGAUUACGUUAAAAAAUUUGCUCCGAAGGACACAACGCAAACUGUUGAUGCCGAGAAGACAAUUGAGGUCACCUCGCAGUUCCCCAAGUACAAGGACCUCAAGGCAUACAAGUCGUCCAGCUUCGAUGACCCUAAUACGCCCUGGGAGCUCAGUGCCGAGGAAAAGUCCAAGCAUUACAACGACCUGAAAAAGUAUCGCCCAGUCGAGUGGAACGAACCCGACGGCCUCCCUGCUGAAAGCGCCGAUCAGUACAAGGACCUCGACGAGUACAAGUCCUCCAAGUGGAACGAGCCCGACGGUCUUCCCAGUCGCACCCCCGAGGAGCAGACAAAGGACUACGACGAUCUGCACAAGUACGGUCCCGUCACGUGGAACGAACCCAAUGGUCUCCCCGGCAUGACUCCCGAAGAGAAGACCAAGCUCUACAAAGAUCUCAACAAGUACGGCGCCGCCACAUACAGCGAGCCCGACGGCCUCCGCCCACUGACUGCGGAAGAACAGUCCAAGAACUAUGAAGAUUUGGACAGGUACUCCGAGGGCUUCAAGUGCAAAGAUGCUCUCCUCAAGGCGCAGCAGGUCCGUGAGAUGGACGCCACCCCUCGCGGUACCCCUCUCCCACCCAAGGUCGAGGCCAAACCUGGCAACUACGAAGAGUACAAGGACCUCGACAAGUAUGGACCUGUCCGCUGGAACGAACCUGACGGCCUCCAGCCUCCUACUGCGGAAGAGUUGACCAAAGAAUACGAGGACCUGGACCGCUACGCUCAGUAUGACAACGCCGACCCCCAAUCAGCUCGUCUCCACCCAGAGGAAGCAUCCAAACGUUAUGAUGAUCUUUCCGCAUACCCCAGAGCGGGAUACGAGGAGCCUGCCACGAAAGAACACGUUCACCCCGAGGAACUCACCAAGAACUACACGGAUCUCUCCAGCUACAACCCCCGCACUUUCGACGCAGCGGACAGGAAAUACCCUACUCACCCUGAGGAGGCCACCAAAAAUUAUAAGGAUCUCUCCAGCUACAACCCCCGCACUUUCGACGCAGCGGAUAGGAAAUACCCUACUCACCCUGAGGAGGCCACCAAAAAUUACAAGGAUCUCAACCGCUACGAUGAGCCCCUUCUGGACGAGAUUGUUGCUCGACCCCUCUCCCCCGAGUUCAACGAGCAUGAUCUCGAGAUCCGCCGCAAGACUGCUGCUCACCAGUCUAGCGCGGACCAACUGGGUUCAGCUCCCGGUGCGCCCAACGGGACCAUCAAGGCCGCUGCCAAGCGCCGCUUCGUCAACCUCGAGGACGCCAAGAAGCGCUAUCAGACCUCCUUCGAGGCCGACGCUCCAAAGGCCCCGUUCUCCGCAGAACAGCCCAUUGUCGACGUCGAGCUCGAAGCUGCGCGUCGUGCCGAGAAGCUCAAGGACGGCAAGGCCGAGUACGCCGCCACGUGGGGUGCCGAGGACUACCAGCCACAGCGCUUCUCCAAGCUCGAGACGGCCAAGGUCGAGCACCGCUUCGAGCAGGAAAGCGAUGAGGGUGUCAGCUCCAUGGACGAGAGCUUCCCAACAGGCCAGUCGGCCGUUCCGGACGCGCUCAACACGCUGUCCACCCAGCAGGACCUCCCCUACGCCAAACCCCCGCAAGGACUGGAUGUAAGCUACACACACGACACUGGCGGUAAAGCGACUCGGCCGACACACGCAAAGCACUUGCAAUCCCAAGCUAACGAGGACGCAGAACAAGACGCGCCAUCGCCGACAGUAAGCGCAGGACCUGACACCCGCCCCGCUGCCCCCGCCGAGUACGUGGUGCUAGCCUUUGACCCGGACACGCAGACGGUCAGUGUCGCGGAGACGAGCACAGCUGCAGACUCUCCAUCGUCGCAGCAGCAGCAGCAGACGCCCGCCGAGGCCAUCAUGCGGCUGUCGCACCCGGCCAAGUUCUUGCCGCACUUUCAGCCCCUGCAGGCGCACGGGUACGAGAUCGUGUCGGGUCGCGGUGACGUCCUCGUCUUUCGCAGAGUCGGCGGAGGCGUACCUGGCGCGCCACCGUACGAUUCUCAAACCCCUGUCGGCCGCAGGAGGCGAUCGCUGGGCAAAAGACUAGCCAUAGGCGCAGUGGGGGCCGGUGUCACCGCGUAUGCUGCUGGGGUGGCCGCGGAGCAUCUGUCGACGAGUGGCUUACUGUAA